CAACAAUCACCAUGCCCAGCUUGCUUCUGGUGUGGCCUUCCUGAACGAUGCAACGAUGCGUCUCUUCCUCAUACGCCAUGGAGAGACAGUCGACAACGUCGCAAACCUCUAUGCCGGGUCUCGCGACUCAGCCUUGACUGCCCACGGCGUAAUGCAAGCUCAACGGCUAGCAUCGCACCUCUCUGAGCACGUCGCCAUUGACUGCAUCUUCUCGUCGAACCUCAGCCGUGCCGUGCACACCGCCCAGGCUAUCCUCGAUGCGCAGAAACGCGCGGAGGAUCUGAAGUUGAUUCAGGUGCCGGAGCUGAGGGAGAAGGACUUUGGGACGGGCGAGGGUACCAAGUUUGGGGCUGCGGCGAAGCAUGAGGGCUCUGAGACACCGCUGGCGAUGAGGAAGAGGGUUGAUAUCUUUUUGGACGAGCAUUUGCCUCGACUGGAUGAAGACUCGACCGUCUGCAUCGUUGCUCACGGUAUCAUUCUCGGUACUUUCUACAAAGCACUCCGCGACAGGACCUCUUCAUCAGCUGGUCCAGAUGCCGAACCGGAAGGUCAAGCAUCUGCUUUCGUGCGCCCCUCAUGGAGCAACACCGGCUACAUCGAGGCCCUCAUCACGCGCGACUCUUCCGACAAGCAUCUCCACAUGCGCGUCGUGAAGAUCAACAGCAUCGACCACCUCAAAGGUCUGAGAAAGACCCGAGGUGGAAUUGGCAGUGCCAAGUUCGACGCGAAACAAAAAACGAUGGACUCAUUCUUCAAGCCGGCAUCGCGAAAGCGCAAGCUCGAAGAUGAGGACAUCGUAUCUCGCCUAGGGGAGGAAAAGAAAACUUGAGACCUUGACCCUAAGGGAUCAAAAUAUUUAGGCAAACUUAGCCUAAGCUUAGAUGGCUCUUUGCUAAGUUUAUUUUGAUACCCUUUUCCAAGGCUUGGUGUUUUCUUGCCCCCUCGAGGCUCGCUAAAUGGUCUCAUUAGAACUGCAUCGUAACAUGAUCGAUGGUCUUCAUAGAAUCAUUACAUAUAAUACACACUAUUCUAAACA